AUGAGUGUGGAACUUUUGAGAAAUGGAAUAGGAGAAUCGAACCUCGAAAGGGGAAGUUUUCACUUGGAAUUUUUAUUUUCAGAAAUCUUAGAUAUUGAAGAUUGGCCUUUCAAUUACUUUGAUUGCCUAGCAAAUGUUCUACUUCACUUAGCAGCCAGGAUUUCAGAUGUGGAGUUAACAAGAUUGCUUCUCUCAAAAGGAGCUAGAGUCACCAGCGUCGACUUAAAAGAUCAAUCAGCUCUGCAUAUUGCUUGUAGCAGAAAAUCUUUAGAAAUUAUAAAGUUAUUAACAGAGAUAUCCCCGGCAUAUAUGCUUGAGGAGACUGAUGAUGAAGACAGAAGACCAUUAGAAAUAGCUUGCAGUCAUAACUGCCCAGAAGCUGUUCAGUUCCUUUUGACGCGAGGCUGCAGUGUACAUGUACAAGAUUUCCCAGAGGAUUUCCGAGAGGGGUCUCUACUGUGUGCUAUAAGGAACAUUCCGGAUUAUGCUGUACCUAUUGCAUCUAUGGUUCUAGAUGCUGGCGCCGAUAUUCACCUCACCGAUGAUAUCGGAACAACAUUAUUGAUGUUUGUUGUAUUCAGAUCUGCUUUCGACGAAAUAAAUUCAGGUAGUGAAAAAUAUUCAUAUGCAGAUUUAUUUACGCUCUUCAUAGAACGGGGAUGUGACGUUAAUGCCACUAGGUUGGGUAGUACUGUUCUUCACUUGGCAGUUAUCGAAAAACAAGAAAUUUUAGUGCGAAAAAAUGCUUGCUCAUUUCUGGAGCUGAAAUCGACAGGCGUGAUGAGUAUGGUUUUACCCCAUUGUUCUAUGCAUGUAGAAGAGGUAGCCAGAGAUUUGUGGAUUUACUUAUAA